UUUUAGCUAUGGCCGAGCAUUUGCCGACAGAGUCGCCGAAACCCGCUGGGGGUUGGUCUUUCACUCGUUCUGACGAGUUUUCCGUGCGGAAUAUAUCCUCGUGGCGUGUUGCGGAAGGGGCGGCCAGUGACUCCCAUCUAGUCCAAGUCUCCUGGCCGCUCGACUGGCCGACCGAUCCAUGUACUCGCGCCAAUGUGCUCUAUGUGGUGGACGGUAACGCCAUGUUCCUCACCGCCACAGAAGUCGUGCGACAGCGACAGGCCCUGCAACCGCAGAAGCCCGGCACCAUUGUCGUAGGUAUCGGAUAUCCGCUGGCAGACACCGCUAGUCUCUGGGAUGCGCGAAGAGGGUAUGACCUGACGCCUCCCUGCGAGAAGUUCACGCCGCCAAACGGUCCCGAUGGUCAGCCUCAGCCGCAUGAUUAUGGUGGCGCAGAUAAAUUUCUGCAUUUAAUCACCACGGUCGUGCAGCCGUUUCUACUGGGGUCGGUAUUUCCACGCCUUGAGCUCGCGCGAACAGCGCUGUUCGGACACUCGUACGGCGGCCUCUUCGUGCUCCACUCCUUGUUUACACACCCGGCUAGCUUCGACACCUAUCUAGCGGCCAGUCCCUCGAUUUGGUGGAAUGACCGAUUUGUUCUCGCCGAGGAAUCGCGCUUCCUUCUAGACCCGGGUCCGGUUUCUCGGCCUGCCCUUCGCCUGUGUUACGGGUCAAGGGAGCAAUUUCCUGUUCGUAACAAAGCCGAAUCCGACGAGAGCUUUGAACGGCAAGUCCUAGGCAAAAUGGAACGCCGCAUGAAUGACAAUUGUAAGGAAAUGUAUGAUCGACUGGUGUGUGCUGGUCGAUUGCGAUCAGUUGAAUUACGGGAGUAUCCGGACGAAGAUCAUGGCAGCGUAAUCGCGGCGGCACUGAGUGGCAGCAUUCUGUAUUUCUUAGACUUGGAGGGUUGA